AUUUGCUUGAAUUUUCAUGCAAUAUAAUGGUCGUAUCAGCUUGUCCCGAGCACUUGCAGCUGGUCAAAACCGUGCAUUCCAUUCCAUAACAACGGUGCAAGCACAAACGCAGAAGAUUAAACCAAGUUUCGCGACGCAACGACCAGCAAAAGUCCGCUCCAAGGAUUCAGUGCGACACGUUGAAAAUAAUCGGGAUCAUGUGAAGCGAAAUGAGUUUGGGGUCCAAAUGCUCUCGCGGCCUUUACAUGCACAAAUAUUCAAGAAUGUUUCGUUCCCCUCACCUAAGAAAUCCUUCAUCAAUAUCGCGCUUCAGCACUUAGAGCACCAUGGUCUGGAUCCGUCGCAAGGCUCUGUGCUUCCCGACAGUUCCUUUACUCUACCACCCCUACAGGGCAAUAAUCUGCUAGAGCACUUCCAUCGAAUAGGCUCGGCGCUCGCUCAGCCUUAUCUUGGUCUUGCUCAAUCGUUCGCUGGACAACAGCUACCUCCCAUUCCAGAAAUCUCCGACUGGAACGUUCAACAGAGCGGAUGGACCAAGUAUCAUUACAUGCCAGAUGGCUCUAGUUACAGCGAGCCUAUCGAAUACCCUCAGAAGGACGACGGCUCACCCGAGGAACUUCUCAGCUUCGAUGUUGAGACUCUUCCCCCAUAUCAUCCAUUUGCAAUCAUGGCUUGCGCUGCAUCCCCUACUGCCUGGUACGCAUGGGUCUCGCCAUGGCUUCUAGGAGAAACGGAAGAUCCUGCCCAGUUAAUUCCUCUGGGUGACCCUGCUGUCGCGCGAAUCCUGGUUGGGCAUAAUGUUUCAUAUGACCGAGGGCGGACAAAAGAGGAAUACGCUUUGGCUGGGACGAAGAACCGUUGGCUGGAUACCAUGGCUUUACAUGUGGCGGUCCAGGGCAUAAGCAGUCAUCAACGUCCCGCAUGGAUGAAGUGGAGGAAAGCGAAAAAGGCUGAGGAGGAACGAGAGAUCGAGGCACGGUCAGUGUUGGACGAAAUGCUCGAUGAGCUGGACGAUCGCUGGCGCUCCGAGGAUGAUGCGGAGAAGCGAGUACACCUCAAACGCCUGAAGGAGCAGCUCAAGGGUCUCGUUGUUCCGGGCACUGCAGAGGCGUCUGUGGAUUCUGGGGAAAGCACAGGAGCAGAAGAAGACGGGUCAAAAACAUGGGAGUCUCUCACCUCUGUCAAUUCCCUCGCAGAAGUCGCUGCACUGCAUGGGGUCGAGCUGACAGCACCGAAGUCUACGCGAGACGACUUUAUGAAACUCUCUCCGUCGGCCAUUCUGGCGUCGCUGCCCGAGUAUUUCGCCUAUUGUGCGUCUGAUGUCCAGGCCACGCAUGCGAUCUUCAGCAGGAUUCUGCCACCCUUUCUAGUACAAUGCCCUCAUCCGGUUAGCUUUGCCGGCAUGCUCACCAUGGGAAGCAGUUUUCUGUGCGUGGACGAAGGAUGGGAGCAGUAUCUGCAGCGGGCGGAAGCUGUUUAUCAAGGCCUUGAAACUGCUGUCAAAACGCGUUUGGAAGAGCUGGCUAAACAAGCACUAUUGCUUUUCCUCGAAAAUUCAGAACAACAGCCCUGGAAAGAUGAUCCGUGGCUCAGUCAGCUCGAUUGGACCCCCAAAGUCGCUGGCAAGUCACGUGGAAUCGUCGCUGCUCCAGAACCAGAGAUGGCGCCGAAUGGUCUACCUGCCUGGUAUCUUACUGUGCAAAAGUAUCCCCUCUCGACUCGCUCGCUGGAGAGGAUUGUGCCUCUUUUGUUGCGUCUCUCAUACAAAAACCAACCGAUCAAAUGGACUGCAGUCGAUAAAUGGCACUAUCUGAUGGGCGGAUUGGUGACGCGCUUCGACAGUGCAUCCCCCAAGCUCAAGACCGGUACCAUCUUGAGUGCGAAACAUGCUCUCAAGUCUUUCUCAGAAGAGAAGAUGUCGUCUCCGGAGGCAGAUCUGGCUCUCUCCAUCUCCAGCGGAGUCCGCGACCCCAUCGUUUCUGAGAAGAUCAUUGUUUUGGCACAAUCUGUUCUUGAUGAUUGGGAGCAGGGCUGUGAUGUGCUUGGUGAUCCUUGGUUCUCUCAGCUGGACUGGACUUUGGUCGACGCAGAUAAGAAAUCCAAAAAGGCGACGAAGCCCGUUCCCACAAUGUGGCCAAAAUGGUAUUGGGAUGUUACGAGACCCAAGAAAGACAUGUCUGCUGGCGCCAUUGAAAUCACCGUCCGUAACAGGAUCGCGCCGCUUCUCCUGAAGCUCACGUGGCUGGGGUGGCCUCUGGUCCACUCGCGUGAGCACGGCUGGGUCUUCCGUGUUCCGACAUCGGCUCAAUUCACGACACGGGCUUCUGCUCUCGACUUUUAUGAUCCAGCAGACGAUUUACUUGCCGAAGCAAGUCUACGGGGCGACUUCACUUUCUACAAGCUACCUCACAAAGAUGGCGAUAAGGCGAACGUUGGUAGCCCACUCGGAAAGACGUUCGUGAAAUACUUCAAGGACCGUACCCUUCAGAGUCCUGGUUCAGAGGCCAUGGAAGCCCUAGACCUGAACGCCAUGUGCAGCUACUGGAUCAGUGCACGUGACCGCAUUCUCAAUCAAACCGUUGUGUGGCAGCAGGCCGGCGAACUUGGCUUUGUUGAUGAUCGUCCAGGAAAGAAGUGGGGUGUUAUCCUGCCGCAAGUCAUCACGAUGGGGACUGUCACGCGUAGAGCAAUCGAGAAGACAUGGCUGACAGCAAGCAAUGCUAAGAAGGAUCGGGUUGGGUCAGAACUUAAAGCGAUGGUUCGAGCGCCUCCUGGAUAUGCGAUUGUCGGUGCAGAUGUCGAUUCAGAGGAGCUGUGGAUUUCCAGUUGCAUGGGUGAUGCUCAGUUCGGAGCGCACGGUGCUACCGCGAUUGGUUGGAUGACCCUCGAAGGCACCAAAUCCGCAGGGACAGAUCUCCACUCUAAAACGGCUAGCAUUCUGGGCAUCUCUCGGGACCAGGCGAAAGUUUUCAAUUAUUCUCGAAUCUACGGAGCAGGGAUGCGGCACGCUAUCCUUCUUCUGUUGCAGAACAGCGCUGGCAUGUCACAGGAAAAUGCUCAGAAACUCGCCAGCAACCUGUAUGCGUCGACGAAGGGGAAGAACACACAUCGUGCCGAUAUUUUCGGUCGAAAAUUUUGGUUCGGGGGGACUGAGAGCUUUCUGUUCAACAAACUCGAGGAGAUCGCGCUCAGCGAUAAACCGCAGACGCCAGCAUUAGGGUGCGGGGUGACCUAUGCCUUGUCCAAGGAAUAUCUGCCUUCUGACUUCGGCUCCGACUACAUGCCUUCUCGCAUCAAUUGGGUCGUUCAAUCCUCGGGUGUUGACUACCUCCACAUGCUGAUCGUGUCUAUGGACUUCCUCAUUGAGCGGUAUGACAUAAAUGCGCGUUACCUGAUCUCGGUACACGACGAACUGCGCUACUUGGUCUCCGACGCAGACCGCUAUCGGGCUGCUCUCGCCUUACAAAUCGCCAACAUUUGGACGCGCAGUUUGUUUGCCUACAGACUGGGCAUGGACGACCUUCCUCAGAGUGUGGCGUUCUUUUCGGCCGUGGAUGUAGACCAUGUUCUGCGCAAGGAGGUCGACAUGCCAUGCGUAACACCCUCCCAGCCGAAUCCCAUCCCACCGGGCGAGAGCCUGACUAUGGAGGGCAUCCUCCAGAAGACGGGUAACGGGACGCUGAUGAAAAACGGCGGUCCGAUGUCUGCCACGCUCGCCGAACCAUUCGUUGGCUCUCUCAAGGGCUUUGUCGAACCCGACUGUCUCAAGCAUCGCUCCAAAAGCGUCAAUUUCUUGCAGGCCCAAGCUGCCAGUGACUUUGGCGAAGUAAAACAUCUGGCUCAAUUGGAAUCUGGCAAGAAGUUCGGCGGCGGAAUCGGUUCGGACUCCGGGAGGAGGAAAAGUAGGAACCAGUCCGCCCCAGUUGGGAACGGGGAUGAUUUCGAUUGGUCCAAGGCAAUAGAAGAUCUCCUCAGCGACUCAAAGACCGUAGAAGAGAUUGUACGAAGUGUCCAUGAUCAUUUUCCCUGAGCCAUUUCUUCUUUGUAGUGAUAGUGUACAUCCUUUGUAUUUCUAGUCUAUUUUAGUCAUCAAGAGCAGGAAGACUUUCGCUCGCGACAUCAUUCCCAAGUGCUACUUCCUUGAACAACGUGUAAGCUCGGUCUAGAUCGUCAUUGACAAUGACAUGAUCAUGCGCGUGGGGCUGCUUCGCAUACUCGAUCUCCUUCAGAGCCAUGUUAAGACGUUUUUGGACCGAUGUUUCUGUUUCUGUUCCUCGUCCUUGUAAGCGCGAGCGCAGAUCGGCGAGUGAAGGUGGCGAUAUAAAAAGAUAGAUGGGAUCUAGAGCGGAGGCCUUGAUCUGGCGAACACCCUGCAACGUGGCAUGAGCGAUGCAUCCAGAACUAUAAAAUGACGGACCUGAGCCUCAAUAUCCAAGAUACAACGCCGUCCCUGGUCUGAGAUCUGCUUUACAGUUGCAAAACUUGUCCCAUAGAAAUUCCCCGAGAAUUCCGCGUGUUCGAUGAACGCUUCAGCGGCGAUGAGGUCCUUGAACUCUUGGGUGGGCACAAAGAAGUAAUGUUUCCCGUGGACCUCGCCUGGACGCGGAGACCGAGUAGUGUCUGAUUCAAGAAUCAGACUCCCGAGGACUUCAGCAGGCGAAAGACGAACGUGAAACAGAAAACCCGAAUUUAUCGGGAAAUUCCGCAAAGAGACGCUGCAGAAGUGUGCUCUUCCCAACACCGGAAGGUCCCGAAAUGACCAGCGGACGCAAAAAGUGGCUCAUGGCUCUGGCUUGGUGUGAGAGACGAGGAAGGAGGCGAACCCCUUGAGAGGAGGCUGCAUUGGCAGCUAGCUCAUGUGACGGCGCCAAUUUGAUUGUCACACCUGUGAGAUACUACGAUCCCACUCCUUAUUACUCCUUUCUUCCCUGCCAGUCAGAGAACCUACUCUCUUACAGGGUGCCCCACCCUCAGUUCGCGCCGUUUCCACGAGAUUUACGUUCAUUAUGGGAGGAGUUUGCUGUAGACCUACGCCGGUCGACUUUGACGGAGAUGUCACGCUUUUUCACUUUGUGCUACUGCGUUGUGUGGGCAAGGGUGCUUUCGGCAAGGUCCGCGUGGUCCAGCACAAGCAAACGCGAGAGCUGUACGCUCUUAAGUAUAUCAACAAAGCGAAAUGUGUGAAAAUGAAAGCUGUUCCGAACGUUAUUCAAGAACGACGCCUUCUCGAAGAGGUGUGCCCUGCCCUUGAGUCCGUAUUCUCGUCAUUGAAAGUCAUCCAGAUUGACCACCCAUACGUGGCUGCGACGAUGUUUGAGAUCAGGCCUCCAGUCCACCUUGAGCGGCUCGGCUCUCUAGACGAAGAAGUUGUUCGUUUCUAUGUUGCUCAACUAUCAUCGGCUAUCCAAUUUCUGCACGACAUGAACAUUAUGCAUAGAGAUAUCAAACCGGACAACAUCCUCUUAGACGAGCGGGGAAAUGCGCAUCUGACGGACUUCAAUAUCGGUCUCAAGUUCUCUGAGAGGAAGUUGAUGGGGGUGGCUGGUUCUAUGGCCUACAUGGCACCCGAGUGUGUCCGCUCUCCCACUCCUACCUUCCACGCCGCUAACGAUGUCGGAGAAUUCUGGCUAAACGUGGAUACAAUCAUCAAAUCGACUGGUGGUCACUUGGUCAUCACCAAAGAUCCGCUCAAGUGGCCUGAGGAUGCGGAGAAAAAGUGCAGCCGGCCUGGAAUGCAAGUGUUGAAAGGCCUAUUGGACCGCGAUGUAACUCGAAGAUUCGGAUGCAAACCUCACAGUGAAGGCUAUCACGAACUGCAAAGGCAUCCCUGGUUCAAGUCUAUUGACUGGGACACAUUGGAUAGCAAGGAGCAGACGUCACCCUUUGUCCCUGAUGCGAAGAAGGCAAAUUUCGAUGCCUCGCACGAGUUGGAAGAACUCCUCUUAGAAGACAACCCUCUGAAGGCAAAGACUCGCAAAGCUAACCAGGAGAAUUUCUCUCCUGAAAUGCGGCAGAUGGAGGAUCAAUUCACCACCUAUGAUUUCAAGAAAAUGCAAAGGCGCUCUUACUUUCCUCACAAUCAGUUGAUCUCGACAGCCACAGCCACUUCUUCAGGGAUGGCUUCAUCACGACCUGGCACCCCAGCUAACGAUCUCCGGGUCGAGAACGGGAUCUCGAUAAACGGCAACUCGAUGGACUUGGACCCUCUCGCGACGUUCAACAAUUGGAUAGAUCGCUUGCGGAGUCAGUUCUCGCCGCUUCCAGAGGGAACGACUGCGGCCGUGUUUCGUCUACUAUUUCCCGAACAGGAUGUGGCGUUCAGAUACGACAUGCAGGAGAAGAGGUUGGCGAGCGCACUCGCUGCGUGCUAUGGAUUCCCAGAAGACAAUCUCACAGCAUGGAUGUCCGAAACUUCGAUGGGGUGUUUAGGAGACGAUCUCCGAGAGUCUCUGGCUAGAACUGAUUCUAAACCUUGUGAUUACAUCGGACCUCUCAGUAUUCAGCAAGUGGUAGACCUGUUGGAGGAGCUAGCUUCGCAUUCGGGUUACUCGGACGCAGAUAUGCCGAAGUCGGAAAAGGGCCGCAGCUGUUUACAUGCCCUGGAACGACUACAAAACUCGACAGAAAUAUGGGCCGAAACCAAGUACGAUGGAGAACGUGCGCAGAUCCACGUCAAGAUCCGGCCAGGCAGACCAGCGCAUAUUCAAAUCUUUAGCAAGAGCAAACGAGACUCGACUUGGGACAGGCAUGCCAUUCACGAUGUUAUUCGUCAAGCAUUGCAGUUAGAUCAGGAGAGAAGCUGCGUCCAGAUAGAUGUCAUCCUGGAUGCGGAGAUGGUUCCGUGGCACGAAGGGCAGAUUGACGAGUUCUGGAGAAUCAAUGGUCUCGUCGAGGCCACGGCAAAAGGAGUGAGAAGAAGAGAAUCCAAGUCACUCAUCGAGGAAGAUCUUUCUCAACUGUCUCUUGUGACGGACAACUCGGAUCGUCAACUGGGACUGGUGUUUUUUGACAUCCUGAUGCUCAACUCGAAGUCGCUCAUGCGCGAAAGCUAUUCUGCUCGUCGGGAUAUCCUGGAAUCCGUCAUCAAGCCGAUUCCAGGUCUCGCUAUUUUGGCUGACCGAUGGCCUAUAGGCCUACAUUGGGGCAACAGACAAGGACAUCCAUCUUUGCACCAUGUUUUUGCGGAAUGUCUGGCUGCUGCGAAGGAAGGACUGGUUCUCAAGGCCGGAGAAAGUGGUUACAACGAUCGCCGACUUCCCUGGGUUAAGCUGAAGAAGGACUACAUUCCCGGGUAUGGAGACUGCUUGGACAUGGUUGUGCUAGGUGUUUCUUGGGAGAAGGAAAGAGGGCGCGAGUUCCGAGUUGCUCCCGGCACUUAUACGACAUUCUUCAUCGGAGGGCUGCUGAAAGAUCGUGGUCGCUCUGAGAAGCCGGUAUUUGACAUCUAUUUCACAGCAUCGUAUGGUCUCGGCCGCGAUCAGCUGGAGGAUGUCAACUUCCGGAUAAAGAGCUCUGAGCCGAUCCCUUUCAGAUCCUUGAAUGGGAGUGGAUCGCUACCUGGAUAUGAUUUCCAGCUGCACGCGGGGCUGACUCCUCCUAUGGCCCUGUUGCGAGAACCACUCCUCUGCGAACUCUUCGGGGCGGGUUUCAGCAAGAGUCCCCACAGUCGGCACUACGCGCUACGUUUUCCCCGUAUCACCAAAAUCUAUCGCGCACAAGAACGAAGUUGGAAAGAGGGUGUAACACUCCCCAAUCUCCACAAGAUUGCACGGACUGCAGUGGGCAAGACCGCUGCGGCUGCCGAUGAAAUCUGGGGCAAGUCUGAAUACGAGACACGAAAGAGAAAGCGUGCCUCAGCCCAGUGGGAGGACAGAUUAUUUGCAGAUGACAGGAGAGCUGCUCACCGGAAGCAGUGGUCUUUAUUACAUCGAAGGAUCCUGGGCACUUUCCAGUCAUCGCACCAAACCAUCGUCACGAGUACCAGCCAUGCUUCGUUGGCCGACAUCUCCAACUCCCCGACGACAGAAACAUUCUCGGACGCUACCCUAUAG